AUGUGGCAGCAGGGGGUGGGGGAGACCCUCUCUCUGAGAGAUGCAGGUCUGGCUGUUCUGACUGAGGAGGGGUGUUUGGGAGGACAGAGAGUCUCUUUGGUCACUCUAAAGUUACACUGAAGAGAGAGGAGGUCACACUGAGAACAGAGAUGAAGGACCAGCCUGGAUACCUUCCUCUUGUCAUGAGUAUCACUGUGAAAGGCCUGGCCUUUUAG